GGCACUCCAAAUUAAAAAAGAGACAGCUAGUAGUUGCCCAGGAGGGGUGUCAGGGCGGUCCCCGGAAACAAUCUCUGUUCUAUCACCGGGAACUGGCGAGGUAGUUCCUCUGCGGUGGAGAGACUGGAAUGGCAAAAUAUCAAGGUGAAGUUCAAAGUUUGAAGCUGGAUGAUGAUUCAGUUAUAGAAGGAGUAAGUGACCAAGUACUUGUGGCAGUUGUGGUCAGUUUCACUUUGAUUGCUACCCUGGUAUAUGCACUUUUCAGAAAUGCACAUCAGAGCAUUCACCCAGAAAAUCAAGAGCUAGUAAGGGUGCUUCGAGAGCAACUUCAAACAGAACAGGGUACUCCUGCUGCUGCCCGACAGCAGUUCUACACUGACAUGUACUGUCCAAUCUGCUUACAUCAAGCCUCCUUCCCUGUGGAAACAAACUGUGGACAUCUUUUUUGUGGUGCCUGCAUUAUUGCAUACUGGCGAUAUGGAUCAUGGCUUGGGGCAAUCAGUUGUCCAAUCUGUAGACAAACGGUAACUCUACUCCUAACAGUAUUUGGUGAAGAUGAUCAGUCUCAAGAUGUUCUGAGAUUGCAUCAAGAUAUUAAUGAUUAUAACCGGAGAUUCUCAGGGCAGCCCAGAUCUAUUAUGGAAAGAAUCAUGGAUCUCCCCACUUUACUGAGACAUGCAUUCAGGGAAAUGUUUUCAGUCGGAGGUCUUUUCUGGAUGUUCCGCAUUAGGAUAAUACUUUGUUUAAUGGGAGCUUUUUUCUAUCUUAUAUCACCUCUAGAUUUUGUACCUGAAGCUUUGUUUGGAAUUCUGGGCUUUCUAGAUGAUUUCUUUGUCAUCUUUUUGUUGCUUAUCUACAUUUCUAUUAUGUAUCGAGAAGUGAUAACCCAAAGGCUAACAAGAUGAAAAAAAAGUUUUACUAGAAUAUCCAGAGCUAAUGUAUAAAAUCAAACUAAAGGACCCGUGGCAGUAUAAAUAAUCUAAAUAUUACCUUACAGGCUUAAACCAUUGUACAAUAAACAUCUGGUUAUCAUUUGACACAUGCUUAGCAAUAUAUAACUGGAAUUUUUACAUGUUGCAGGUUCUAGUGUUAAGAUCAGAAUUAUACUAAUAUACAGUUAUCUUGACUCCAUGUUGUCUGUAAAGUCUCUGGAAAAAAUAUGGAAUUAUGUAGGAAGAGAUACUUGUUUUUCUACAAAUUACUGAGAUUAAUUGAUAAUGCUAAAUGUUAAAUGUACAAUUCAUCCUCCUCAGUGGGUACCUGUAUGAUAAUAUAUAGCUUUGAAAUUCAUCUAAAUAUUUUUGUUACUAUAAAAUAUUGUA